GAACCUCCCAGUGUGACACCCGGCGGAAGUAACACCGGAAGCGCUAGCAGCGUUAGCUCUGUGGCUGUGUGGAGUCAGCUGGAAGACGCUGUGUCGUCGUGUGGCACGUGGCCAGUGGUGAAGAAGCAACAAUGUGUUCAGCUCAGUGUUGGACACAGUUUGUCCUCGAGCGACUCACUGCUGCUGCUGAACUAAUAUCCAGAGACUUUGAACAAAGUGUCGUCGAGUACGAGGAAGAGAUCGACCGUCAGCGCAGACUGCUGGACAUCGUCUGGAGACCCGAGAGGAAGCUCCACAGGACCGGUGAGUCCGAGCAGGAGAGGAGCUCCAGUCUGGACCAACAGGAGCCAGAGCAACCGACUGUCACCGAGAAUAUUCUCAUCGAGUUCAAUGAAGACACUGAUCAUCAGCGAGGACUGAUGGACAUCGUCUGGAGACACGAGAGGCUGCACAGGACACAGCUCCAACAGCAACACGUCUGUCAGGAGGAGGAGGUUCUCUCUGAGCAGCAGCUCUGUGACCAGGAGAGGAGCUCCAGUCUGGACCAACAGGAGCCAGAGCCUCCACAGAUGAAAGAGGAGCAGGAGGAACCAGUCAGCAGUCAGGAGGGAGAGCAGCUUGUACUGAAGCAGGAGACUGACACCUUCAUGUUGACUCCUACUUAUGAGGAAAGUGAGCACAGUGAACCAGAACCAAACAGUGACCAGCAGCUCCUCUCUCACUACUCUCCUGUAGCUGAGAGCCACGAUCAGAGAGGAAGUGAUCAUGUGGAGCCAGGACCAACUAGAAAUGAAGAGACAAAGAGAAAGAAGAGACGUCACAAUAACACGAGUCACAGUGACAACGUAGACAACUCUCCUCCAACAAAAAGUCACUGUUACACUCACACAGGUGAGAAGCUGUAUCCUUGCAAGGAUUGUGGGAAAGCUUUUAUCUUCAAUAGUUCCUUAAAGGUCCACAUGAGAACUCACACAGGAGAGAAACCGUAUCCUUGUGAAACAUGUGGGAAAUGUUUCAAACGAUAAAUGAACCUAAGGUUCAUAUAAGAACUCACACAGGUGAGAGGCCAUAUACUUGCAAGGAUUGUGGGAAAGCUUUUACACAUCUUGGUGCCUUAAAUGUCCACAUGAAAACUCACACAGGCGAGAAGCCGUAUUCGUGCAAAA